GUAACUGCGGGCGGGGCCGUUUAGGAUGCUCACAGUGUCGAAGCAAAUCCCAUUCUAUCAGGGAUCUGAUCGUGCGCGAAGGUUCACAGCUGCUUACAAAUGGACAUAUAUAUCUAUAUUUUUAGUACUAUGUGUGGAUCAUUACUCUACAGGCUGCACCAUAUUGGUCAACGUUGGCUAUAAAUUUCCUCACCGUGCAGACAGACAACGGGUCAAGACAAAGUCACUUGUGAGGCGGAAAGAGGGCAACGACUCCUGGGAGAGAUCUCUCUGGAUAACCUUGUGGCGGAACCUAAUCUAUUAAGCGCCACCGGGAGGUUAUCAUUUAACCAAAGGUGUUGAAAAAGCUGCAGAUGACAGGACUCUGCUGUUGGGACAGCCAUGCACUUGGAUUUGGAAGCGAGGAGCCGCAAUAGGGCCACCCAAAGGUUGGACUCCCUCCCUCCAGGCUGCGUACCCUAAUCUAUUCAUCUGUCAGUCACUGCAGAUUUACUUCAUGUUGACCAUAAUUAAAUCACAGUAUACUUCAUAGAGUGGCCUUGUUUCUGGUGGCUGAUGAUGGAACGGCUGUGGUUGUCUUUGCUGUUGCUGGCGGCAGCAUGCAAGGGACAACAUUGUCCGAAACGUUGUAUGUGCCAGAGUCUGUCGCCAUCGCUCGCUAUUCUCUGCUCUAAGACGGGCUUGCUAUUUGUUCCUGUUGCUAUAGACCGACGUACCGUGGAGCUUCGUCUUCAAGAGAACUUCAUCACAGCUGUCCGGGGCAAGGACUUUGCAAACAUGACCAGCUUGUUGCAUUUGACGUUGUCCAGAAACACCAUCAGUCAGAUACUCCCUUCCGCUUUUAGUGACCUGCGGCGACUUAGAGCCCUCCAUUUAGACUCAAAUAGGAUAACUGUUAUUAAGGAUGAUCAUUUCAAAGGCCUCACCAACCUUCGCCAUCUAAUUCUGGCCAAUAACCAGCUCCACUUCAUAUCUCCCCAUGCUUUUGAUGACUUCCUGUCCACACUGGAGGAUUUGGACCUCAGCUACAAUAAUCUUGCUAAUGUUCCUUGGGACACUAUUGGACGCCUAACAAACGUCAAUACCUUAAAUAUGGAUCAUAACCUUAUUGAAAAUGUUCCUCAAGGAGUUUUCACCAACCUACACAAACUUGCCAGGCUUGAUAUGACAUCCAACAAACUGAAGAAAAUUCCUCCUGACCCUCUGUUCCUGAGAAUCCCAGUUUAUGCAAAAUCCAGAGGAAGCCCCCUGUCAUCCUUAGUUCUGAGUUUUGGUGGAAACCCUCUCCAUUGCAAUUGUGAACUUCUGUGGUUGAGGAGGUUAACCCGAGAAGAUGACUUGGAGACGUGUGCUUCACCUCCAGACCUUAGUGCCAAAUACUUCUGGACAAUACCUGAAGAGGAAUUUAUUUGUGAUCCGCCAGUAUUAACCCGCAAGUCACCUCAGACUCUGACUAUGGAGGGCCAGCCUGCCAGUCUCAAAUGUAAAGCAAAUGGGGAUCCAGAACCAGAAGUCCAUUGGAUAAGUCCUGAAGGUCGACUAAUCUCAAAUGGCACAAGAACCUUGGUUUUCCCAAACGGAAGCUUGGAUAUCAAUGUUACCUCUCUCAAGGAUGCGGGGAACUUCACCUGUAUUGCCUCUAAUGCGGCCGGUGAAUCCACAGGAAGAGUGGAACUGGUUGUAACGCCAAUGCCCCAUCUGGCAAACAGCACAAGUCGUAGCAGAGACCCAUCAGAGACCAGAGAACCAGCUCCUUCUGACAUCCUAACCUCAUCAAAGGUCUUGAUGCCUAACAACGAGACCAGAACAGGAGAUCGCAGGGUUUCCUUGGUGGAGCUGACAGGAAACUCUGCCCUCAUUAGAUGGAGCAGUCAGACAACAAUGUCAGGCGUCAGGAUGUUCCAGGUCCAAUACAACAGCUCAGGGGAUGACACACUGGUGUACAGGAUGAUUCCCUCCAGCACCAAUGACUUCCUGGUUCGUGACCUUGCUCCCGGGAGAAGCUAUGACCUGUGCGUCCUUGCCGUGUUCGACGAUGUUGUCACCUCGCUGACUGCGACACGUCCCCUGGGUUGCUUGUCAUUCACGACAGACACAGAAUUCAGCCAGUGUCAGGCAUUACAUAGUCACUUCUUGGGAGGAACUAUGAUCAUCAUCAUCGGUGGAAUUAUAGUGGCGUCUGUCCUGGUUUUUAUUAUUAUCCUGAUGAUAAGAUACAAGGUUUAUAGCCACCAAGGGACAGCCCAUGGAAAAUCUGCCAUUUCUACAACCGUGCCAAGACAGCAGAGCAACGGUCAAGGGGGUGGUGGUCAAGCCCAAGUCCUGCCUCGCUCUGCUUCAAAAAUGACUGACAGUCAGGACGAAGAAGCAGUGGGUCCAUCUGGAGCCGUGUCACCUAGCAACACCCUGAGGGAUACUGUUGCAUUGGUUGUGGAGGAGGCCAGUGGGCGGAACACAAUGGCACGGACAAACUCCACGGCCAAUGACCCAACACCCAACAAGGCCCGCUUCACCUCCAGGGUUGCCAUUGAGAUGAAAAACAGACCACCAUCUGUCGUCAAAGAGCCCACCUCCCCCAAGGAAUUGGCAGAGCCUUGAACCUUUUGCUCUGAAGUGUUGAAUUCAACCACCGCGGGAGAAAGCCAAGAAGAAGUCACCCUUGUCCUGUUUAUCUUGUUUCCUGUACCCGUUGUUGUCUUUCCAUCUGGUUUACCCUUCUUGUCAUUAUCACGGUUCUCAUUUCUGGGUUGGAUUAUUGUUUAAGUGCUUGUCAAUGGUGAUUGACUACUUUCUGCAAGAUAGUAUCAUCACAAUCACUUCUAAUGGAACACGUUCUGCACUCAUAAAUGCGGAAUUCUCCUUAUUUAAAUACGAGAUGCAGUUGAUGCUGCACUGGAUAAUGACAAAAAAAAAAAAAAACUCAGAAGCAUACAAAUGUGUAUUGACAUAAAAUACAUAUUGGAUGCACUGUAAAUGAUCUCUUCUCCAACCGGACAAAUAAGAAGGAGAUGAUGCAAGUAGAUGGGCCGCCUUCAGAAUCUCCUUCAACUUGGAUCUACAAAUGCUGAGCACUGGUGUUUUGGGUAUAUAAACUGCACAAUGUUUAAUAACCCAGAUUGCAACUAACAAGUGCAAAAUCAACAUUUAUUUCAUCUACUUAAUCAAGUGAAUUAAUGCAACUUUGCAAAAGGCAGAUGUGCUGCUGUGAGAUGGAUUUCAACUUUGACACAGCCCUCGUAUCCAGUGGUUCAUUCCGGACAGUUCAUAAAGAAAGAAGAUUUGACUCUAGAGAAAGUGGAGCCUUCCCUGGGUCCUGGUUGUGUAUUCAAAAUGUACUGUCACAAAUCUGGUACAAACAAAACCGGACUAGACCAAGCAGACCAUCUUUUGUGCCAGUCCAAAAUAUUUUCACCUGGCCCUGCUGAAUUCCACUGGAUUGGACUGGCAAGGACCGCCAAUGCUCACUUGCAAGAUUCUGGGUCCCUUUUAGUCCAGGCCCAGAUCUGUCAUGUCUGAAGAUAAAAGCACAGUUCUUCACACACACACACAUGCAAAAAAAGAAAAGAAAAAAAGACAGCCUUGCAUCAGUUUUAGUCAUCUAUCACGGUUCUUUUUAACCCUUAGCCCAAUUGUCAUUCAGUGCUGUUGAAUAUUUUUCAUGUGCAGGACAAAUGUGGUGUGAGAAUAUAGGAUUGCAAAUUGUUUACAACAUUGUUUGCUCUGGUCUAAGCUCCAUUUCCAUCUUAAUCACAUCAUUAUUGUUACUAUAGAUUGAAGUGUGUGCCCAGCAUGAAUUACCUGAAGUCUAAACUUGCGUUUCAUUUGAUUUCUCUGAGAGAGCUUUUCAUUAGUGUGUCUUGGAGCUGGACCCUCAAUAAUAUCUCUUUCAUCUUCCUCAUGCUUUGGCCCAUGCGAGUGGAAUUUAUGAUCACAAAGUACUGUCGCUGAUAUUUACCGCUCACGUCUGUUUCCAUCGAAAUUUUGGUCAUGAGUUUUAUCACCAACGUCAUUACUGUUCAUUUUGGAAGGAUACCUGUUCCGAAAGGAGAACCUUGAUUCUUUUAAGCUCUUGUGAAAGAGACUCGCACAACAAGACCACACCCUUACCAACAUGCCUCCCUUAUGUGUAUCCUUUUUUUUGUUUUUCCCCUUUGGUCUUUAUAUUUUGUAUGUGUAUAUAAAGCAAUUUCAAAUCUUAUAGUUUUGUACAUGUAAUUUUUAUGGUGUGUGAAUAUUUUAAUAAAAAAAACAGUGUGGACUUUUCCAAUUGA